AUCGCGCUGCCCGCGCGCAUACGUCCUUGCGUUCAUCGUAGAACGCUCUCGGUCUGCUCGGUUCGCUCGCGAGGCCCCAGUGUGUUUUUACUCGGGGUUGGGUAAACUCCGGCCUGUUGUGUAUCAUAAUACGAUCGGUGCGGGUGCAACGCGCGCGGCUUUACGGACGACAUCGACCACUACACCGGCUUUCUCACGUCGUCCACGCAACUUUCCGCGCGUGCCUUUACUGUUACCUUCCGCUAUAUAUCUCUCUCUCCCUUUCUCUCUCUCUCUCUCUUCUUCUCUCUCUUUUUGUUUCUCUCUCUCUCUUCCUCUCUCUUUCUCUCUCUCUUUCUCUCUCUCUCUCUCUCUCUCUCUCUUUCUCUCUCUCUCUCUUUCUCUCUCUCUCUCUCUCUCUCUCUCUCAUGACUUGUACAAAGAAAGGUACAGGACAGGAAAUCUAUGUCAUCAUACGUCACAAAGAUUUUACUUUGUAAAUCUUAGGAUUUAAAGAUUUUUGAGGAAAAGAGUCUUAAAUCUUUGGAGAGAGAGAACCUGGGUUGAGAGAAAGAGCGUUAAAUAUUUCCAUUGACAAGGAAAUAUUUCCUUUGAGCAAGUUUGUCGAAUAGGUGAAAACGAACGGGAGAUGUCUAUAUUGGGAGGAAUGAUCGUAGCGACAUUUCAGUAAGAAAAGCGUCUCUUUGAUCGAAGAAACGGAAAUAAAAACGGUGUAUAUGUGUGCGUGAGUGUCCGUAGAAGAAAAGGUGUUGAAGGUCAAGAGAGAAAGAGAGAGAGAGAGAGAGAGUCAAAGAUCAGUUAAUCAGAAUGCACACGUUGUUCGGAGAACAAAAUGCUUAUUAUCGUCAUGCGAGCGCCGUACCUGUGGGUAUGGGCACGGCAUCCUAUCCAGGCGUGGGCGUGGGUGUGGGCGCUGCCCCGGGCUACUACGAGCAAUAUCGUUACGGUGGAUAUGCGACGGCCGCUGGUUAUCCUGUCUCCGGGAUAACGCAGCAACACAUACACCAUCCUGGUAAGGACAUGGUGAAACCACCCUACUCUUAUAUAGCUUUAAUUGCCAUGGCUAUUCAAAAUGCACCGGACAAGAAGAUCACUCUAAACGGUAUCUAUCAGUUUAUAAUGGAACGUUUCCCUUAUUACCGCGAGAAUAAACAAGGUUGGCAAAAUUCUAUUAGGCAUAAUCUUAGUUUGAACGAGUGUUUCGUUAAGGUGCCACGAGACGAUAAGAAACCGGGUAAGGGUAGUUACUGGUCCCUCGAUCCGGAUAGUUACAAUAUGUUCGACAACGGUUCCUACUUGAGACGUCGUAGGAGAUUCAAGAAGAAGGACGCUUUGAAAGAGAAAGAGGAGGCGUUAAAGAGGCAGGGUCUAUUGACGGAGAAACGAGGACAGCAGCAACAGCAACAGCAGGAGGACGUAAAGUCAAACAGCGGUGCUAUUGUAAACCUUGCGCCGUCGAUAGAAACUACGACGGUAAAAAAGGUCGGCGGCGGUGGUAACGGCGGUAGUGGAGGUGGUGGUGGUGGUGGUGGUGCUAGUGCCGGUGGUGUUGGUAGUGUUAUCGGUGGUGUUGCGGGUGUUAUGGAGGGUGGUACUGUAACGACAACGGCGAGUACGACUACGACUGGGCUGUGCAAACCAAAGAGAGAACCGGUGAACGAUCACUGCAUGGCCGCCGUGCAGAGCAAGUAUGGUCUGUUACAUAGCCCGAUUCAACAAGAGACGAAGACAACGGUAACAGGCGUCGUAGUGGCAAGCGUACCAUCGCACACGGCAGUUAGCGGAGGUCAGAGCGUCAUUCAGACGGCUCUUGGGAAUCAAGUACAUCAGGGUCAUCAUCAGGUCCAUCAGGAGACUACGAUUCAGGAUGUCUCAAUGGUGGGCCUCGAUCCUGGUGCAUUUAGCGUCGACGCUCUCAUGACGACCCGGGAAAAUGCUCUAAUGAAUAAUCGGGCCGAUCAAAGCACCAGUCAACAACAUCCGCAUGCUCACGCUCACGCCCUUCAACAUCCUCACGGUGCCCACUCGCACUCUCACCCGCACUCGCAUUCGCACUCGCACGCCCACUCAUCGGCGUGCACAACGACGACCAGCACGACCGCUGCGGUUGCCGCCAUGAUGGCAUCCACCGGAUACGCCCCUCACGGUAGCGCCGUAGCGAGAGGAAACUCAUCGCCACCCGGUACCGGCAUGUACGCGCCCUAUUGCGCGCCUACGCCUGGCUACAUCAUGGAUCAUGCUGAUUAUAAUCCGAGGAAUCAUGGAAAUGCUGCUGCCGCGGCUGCAGCAGCCGCUGCUGCGGCCGCAGCCGCACAUACACAGUGGUAUCAAGAAGCUGCUAGUCCAGACGCUGCACCCAUUUAUCAGGACACUCAGUCGCCCAGCUGUCAACUUUACAGAUCUAGCCCAUCGACUCCUCUUUCGACGGGUGCAGCACCAUCUCCACCGCUCUAUCAUAGAUAUUAUCAAGACUGCAACGCCGUUAAUAGCAGUGGGAAUUUGCCGAUAACGCUGCAGAAAUACUGAGAAUACCGAAAUUCAAGGCCCCAUCAGCGAGGCCUUGAAGAGCACCAGAACGAGUAUGAUCCUGGUCUGGUUUAUGUCAAGCAAGAAUGGAUACCAAUGACGGAGGAACUCGCCAAAGAUUGGAACUGAAGAUGGGAUCUAAAUUAUCGUCGUGAAAAAAAAGUCGG